AUACACUUAUUUUAUAUAAUGAGUUAUAUGAAUUUGAUACAAUAUUAUUGUCAUGGAAUCAAAUAGUGGCAGCAAUGCUCCCUCACCCCAAAGUCAUAGAGCGCAACAUUACUUCCAAAUGGCAAAAUUAUUUAUAUUGGCGGUGUAUCUUAGGACAAUCAUGGAAACCAGACAAAUUUAAUCAUCAUGACUGA